UCUUCGCCCGCAAGGCCCAGUCCACCAAUAGCAACCUUUGUCGGGGUUAUCCAAUCCGGACCGAGACUGUCUACGCCAUGAGCCAAUCAGCUGUCAGUCCCAGCGGUUUGAACUGAGAGGCCGAGCGGGAACCGUUAGUGGUGCGAGAUCGAAAGGGAGAGCUGCAGGGAGCUACGCUGAGACGGGCUUUUACACACUGACUCCGGCAGUAAGCCCAUUUCGCACCCUCCUCUGAGUCCCGCCCUGAAGCGGCCGGACCAGGCCACUCGCCCGCAAUGACCACUAAGGAGAAUUGGGACCCACAGCGGCUCGGGAGCAGUAAGAGGCCAUUUACGCCGAAUAGGCUGUGUAGUCCAAAGCCUUGUCUGAAAAAGCAGCUGAGUGGAUCCUCCAUUCCUGUAUCACCGACAGCCAUCUUCUCAAAAAACAUGUCCAAAGUUGCUACUGUGGUGCCACAAGCAACAGGAUUCAGAAGUUUAAGAGGUGAUCUGAUCCAAGUCUUCAAGACCUUAAGAAAAGAUGCAUUGGGAUCUGGAGUUCAAGGAGUACUGGCAGAACCAGAAAACCAGCAGUUAGUUAAAAACUGGUCCAUCGAUGAUUUUGACAUUGGACGUCCCCUUGGAAAAGGCAAAUUUGGAAAUGUGUACAUGGCUCGUGAACGGGAAACAAAAUUUAUCCUGGCACUGAAAGUGCUUUUCAAGUCUCACCUUGAGAAAGAAAAUGUUGAGCAUCAGCUCCGAAGAGAAAUUGAAAUUCAGUCCCAUCUCAAGCAUCCGAACAUCUUGAGGCUUUACAACUAUUUCUUUGAUCGAACAAGAAUUUACUUAAUGUUAGAAUUUGCUCCUCGUGGAGAGUUGUACAAAGAGCUGCAGAAACGAGGCUGCUUCACUGAACAACAGAGUGCUACCUACAUGUUGGAACUGGCCGAUGCAUUACUUUAUUGUCAUUUAAAGAAGGUGAUUCAUAGAGACAUCAAACCAGAGAAUCUACUACUUGGUCUGCGUGGGGAAUUGAAAAUAGCUGACUUUGGCUGGUCUGUGCAUGCUCCGUCAUCCAGAAGAAAGACUUUAUGCGGCACUUUGGAUUACCUGCCUCCAGAGAUGGUGGAAGGGCGGUUGCAUGAUGAAAAAGUAGACUUAUGGUGCCUGGGCAUUCUAUGCUACGAAUUCCUGGUAGGACACCCUCCAUUUGAAUCAUCAUCUCACCAAGAGACCUACAGGAAAAUCUGUAAGGUGGAAAUCCAUUUUCCAUCCAGCAUGUCAGAUGGUGCCAAGAGUCUGAUCAGCCAGUUGCUUCGACAUAAUCCAGUCCUGAGACUUCCCCUCAAGGGCGUGAUGGAACAUCCAUGGGUGAAAGCCAAUGCUCGGAGGCUCCUUCCACCAGAAUGUACAACCAGUGGAGAGAAUGAAGGAGCUCACUAACUCGUAUACAAGCCAUGUAAUUAGCAAUCUUGUGUGAAUAUACAAUACUUUAUACUUAGUUUUUGUACUUCAUGUCUUUUCUCUAUCCUUAAUCCUCCCUUGAUGUGGUUUCAGCUGUUUCUAUCUUCUCAACUUGGAGCUGACCUUAGAAUGUAGUGUUGAUAUCGAUAUUCACAAAGAUUAAGUCACUUGGUACAAAUUUUGAAUAUUGCUGAAGAUUUAGCUUAUACUCACUAGCACAUUCUAAAUAAUCUCCAAUUUAUACUACACAAGUGUCAAUUUGUUGACCAGUUUCAUGUCUCAAGUUCAGCUUUUAAUAUUUUUCUUAACUGUUGAGUGCCUUGAGUUAUUUAUUGUAAAUCAUGUUCUCCAUACUGGCAUUCAAUCUGCUUUGUUGCUUUAGUGUAAAUGACAGUGAUUGGUUCUGAAGCAACUCUAAUGUAUGUGUUGGGUCAAAGGAGCUGACUGAGCUCUGCCAGAUUGAAUUACUUUGAGUUGUUUCUUUUUGCUGCAUACAGCCAUUAUAUAAAUUUUUGCAAACUGCCUCUAAGUUAUUCAGAGAGCAUUAACAUUUUUAGGCAGCAGUGUCUGUGACACUUCCUUGCGCAACCAGAUGCCACAUUCUUAGUCAUGAACUCUGUUUUAUUUGCAAAUAAAAGUAUCCUGAAAUUA